CAGCCUGUGAGAACAGAGGGGAGCCAUAAGUCAGGAGCGGUGGGGCAUGUUUUAUUUUGGGCAGGAAGCCGUCUCUCCCCCCCUCCCCUCCCUCCCUAGGAUGGGAAGGAUGCGCCGACGGGGUUUUAAACACGCGGAGCUGGGAGCAGCGAGCUGCAGCCUGUAACCAUCCAGCAGCACUCGCCAGGGUAUUAAAAUGCUGAUUACUGUAACGCCACCCCGUGAGCCGGCCUCCCUUCACCCACAGGCGCCACCCCCUCCUCUUCUACCAAAGCCCGGAAAGGAGAACCUUAAGCUUCAGAGACUCUUGAAAAAAGUAGCGAAGAAGAAAGCCGCCUUAUCAGCACAGCAGACCGCAUCAUUCCGAUCCAGUCUGUCCCCCGUGAGCGAAGCCAGCCCUGACCCGGAGCACAACGAACGCUCCUCCCCUCUAAAGCCUACGGAAACCGCCACACACCUCACCAUCAAUCUCCCGCCCCGCUUUUCCAUCAAACCUGUCAUCCACCACGUUUCUUCUCCUUUUCCCAAAGGAAAGCCUUUUACGUUCAGUGUCACAGAGCAGAGAAACCUUUCGGGACAUCUCAAAAUCACUUCCUCCCCUUCCCGGUCACCCCUCCAGAGACUCAGCCCCGCUGAGCCCUCAUGGCCACAGUCAGACAUGCACACACAGUUGUCCCCUCCAAGUGCUCUGCAUUCUGUGCUCCUUUCUCCUGAACCUCCCGUGGAGACCCCAGUGGUGGUUUCUCACACAGCUGAGACCCAUGCCACCAUUCAUAGUAUGCAACCGUCAAUCCCCCUGUCACAGCCAACCCCUAAAUAUCCUAGUAGUGAAGACAGACCCUCGCCUUUUCAUAUGCCGGUACACCAAGAAUAUCCACCGACAGGCCAGGUACCCGUUGCACACUUCUCAAGCCAGGCGAGACCAAUCACUCCGAAGUUUGAAACCGCUUGUGCCCCUGAACCUCCUACUAGAACGACAGCUGCCGUAAUGCAUGUUCCCGGACAGCAAGUCGUAGUUGCAGCUCCUCAGGUCAGUAGGCCUGUGACACCAGGAAGUGACAGAGGCCCCGAACCACAUGUUGAGACCCAGAGACACGCAAGUCCCAGUGGAUCUCAAAAGCCCAUUAUACCAGAGAUGGCCCUGCCGGCUCCAUCAACAGUCAGCACUCACGUUCUCUUGCCAGGAGCUAGGUGUGAACAGAGUCCGCCAACAUCAGUUGCUCCCCAAGGCACCUUACCAAAGCCUAAGCCAGUCGUGCCACCGAAAAGUAAGUUUAGUGGCUGGUCCCGCCUUAAGAAGCACUUGAUAAUAGAAUCUGAAGAGCCCCAGUUCCCAGUUCCGGAACCCGAGCCAACCAAGCCUGAAGAGGCGGAAAUAAAGACAACGCAAGGUCCCCAAGUGGAUACUGGUCAGGACAAGAGGAUAACCAAGUCAAGAGCCAUCAAGAUGUGGGAUGCCAUCUUAUACCAAAUGACAACCAGCAAAGCAAAAAAGCAGCAAGGGAGUGAAAAGGAAAUCAGGAGAGAGGGAACCUCCCCCUUUCGGCGUCGUUUACCCCUUCUACUCCACAGGCCUCGCUUUGAUGCGCGGAAGCUUAAAGAGCUGGCCGCCAAACCCCUGACAAAGAUCACUACUCUGUUUGAGGUACGCCGGAUCCAGUGCAGAGCACCUGAGGAAUUGCCAUUGCGUUAGCAGGACUGCAUCUGGGUGGCAUCUAAAGGAAAACGAUGAACCCUUCCUCCUAUAAGAUUUCUUUUGGGAAGAUAUAAGAUAACUGCAAGAUUUACUGCAACAGAAUCAUUUUCAAGGGGAAAAAAAUAAUAAAACCCUUCAAGGGACCUACUUUGUGCACCUAGAAAUGUAUAUGCAUGAUUGAAGUGAGAGACGCCUGAGGGGAAAGAUGUUCACCUCAGUCUCGUUUUACUGCUGGCUCAAGUUGCAAUCUGUUUAACAGCUGAAGCCGAAGAACAGGUAGAACGUUUUAAGCAGGCCGGCCAUUUCAGGUCUCUGAUUUGUUAGUGUGUUUUUUCUCAUGAAGGAGACAUCCACUUAGGUGUACUGCACUAAGCCAAUCUAGAGGCACAUUCUGCCAGAGCGACUGUUUAACAGCUGAAGCCAAGAACAGGUAGAACGUUUUAAGCAGGCCGGCCAUUUCAGGUCUCUGAUUUGUUAGUGUGUUUUUUCUCAUGAAGGAGACAUCCACUUAGGUGUACUGCACUAAGCCAAUCUAGAGGCACAUUCUGCCAGAGCGACUUUCUUUUCUGUAAUAGAAAGAAUAUUCUUGCCUUCUUUGCCGUAUCCCAUACGGAGGCUGGCAUUUCCCCCGUCUUUAUUGGGUACAGGUAGUAUUUUGCAUAACUGCAGUUAUAAUCUCAUGAUUUUACAAGCUACCUAUAGACAUAACGAUAGAUCCACAGAAACUGCAAUGCCCAGUUUCUCUCACACACCCUAUGACAGUGAUGGCGAACCUUUUAGAGACCGAGUGCCCAAACUGCGCCCCAAAACCCACUUUAUUUAUCGCCAAGUGCCAACACGGCAAUUUAACCUAAAUACUGAGGUUUUACUUUAGAAAAAAACAACUCAUACAUAACUUGAGACGAUCCAAACAAAAGUAAGGAAAGCAAUCCCAAAUGCUUUCAUUUACUUAAAAACUAUUUGGCAGAGAA